AACAGAGUGCUGGACCUGACCUGGAUCAUCCAUAUCAAGUGGACUUACCAGCUGCCACAAUGGAUAGCGAUCAGUCGGACUCCACAGUGUCCACCACCGGGAAUCAAACUAAAAGCCACGCGUGCAGGUGCACCACAGAGGACAGACCGGCUGGAGCUGAAGCCCCAGAGAAGCCACCUUAUUCAUACGUGGCCCUUAUUGCAAUGGCCAUCAAAGAAAGCGAGGACAAGAGGCUGACCCUUAAUGAUAUCUACAGCUUUAUCGUUUCCAAGUUUCCAUAUUACGAGAAGAACAAAAAGGGUUGGCAGAACAGCAUCAGACACAACCUGAGCCUGAACGAGUGUUUCGUGAAAGUGCCCCGGGAGAGCGGUGGGGAGAGAAAGGGCAACUUCUGGACCCUGGAUCCUGCAUAUGAAGAUAUGUUUGAGCAUGGAAACUACAGGCGCAGGAGGCGCGUCAAGAGACCCUACCGAUCGCCCGCUUUACCUUAUUUACCGGGCGCGUCUGGAUUUCAUCUCACCGACUCUUACUGCCUGCAGCAGGAGCCCGUUUUCUGGCAGACCCCGUUCAGCAGCCCCACCUGGAGUCAGCACCAGUCCGGUUCUCCAACGCAGCUUGCCAACUUCCAGCACCUGCAGCCUAUGCUCGGUAACGCACGUCCCCUAUCGCCAAAUGAUUACGCCAACGCUCCUGUGAGUUAUUAUCAUGGUCACCCUCACAUUCACCCUCCCUACAGGUCGUACCACCGGCAUCCGGGUGCUUUGGUGCCUUUGAGCGCGCGUACGUACACCGGAAUGACCCCUCCGGUGAGUCCGGGCGCGAGCUCCGUCUCCACGUGCGGCUUUCCGCAGCAUCACAGCAGGCAUCCUGAAGUCGUGCAUCAUCCGUUUGACUGAUGGACAGAUUUGGGAUCUUUAUUUGUUCAGUUCACGAGAUUUUUCAUGUUGAUACCUGGACAUGUUAAGUCCGUUCCUAUUGUUUUUGGAAUUAAUACGUUAAACGUAAUGUUCACAAAUGAAUGAAAACGAAGUUAAAAUUGAUUAAAGAGAAAAACACAUUUUAUUUUGUGGUAAAUUUGGCAUUAUGGGUUAAUUCGUGAUUGUUACAUUAUAAGAAAGUGACAAAAAUUUUUAAAUAAUUGGAACAAAAAUCUGAAGAGCAUUUGAUUGAAACCGAUAGACUUUAUUUUAUAAAAUUUUGCAAAUGUCUAAAGGAAGCAUCAAGCUAAUGAAGCAUAUUUAUUUGUUUAUCUUGUGUUGAAAUCUUUUGGAUCUACGAUUUGCAUAGCAAUUUUACUGUAAAAAUAUUUUGUUUAGGACAGUUGGAAAUUCUUGUUUUAAAACUCUGGUUUACGAGAAUGUUUUAUACAUUGGAUUGUGUAUUUUCUUUAAAUAUGUUUUAUAUA